UCUUAAAUUUUGUUUACAGCUUUAAAAAAAAUCCGUGGAAAUGUUCAACAGUAAUCUCAGGGAGUUUGAUGAGGAUCCCUUCUUCUCGGAUCCCUUCCGUGCCCACAAUGAUCACAUGCGACACAUGAUGCGUAGCUUCUCGGAGCCAUUUGGCUGGCCCGUGAUGCCCAGUUUAACGGAUGGGAGAAGCAUGGCGGGGCAGCCCAGCUCAUCCCAGGCACUGAGCGGCCAACACAGGGAUAUGAGCCGAUCACUGUUGCCCUUUGGCAGUAUGGACAGCACGGACUUGAUGAGGAACCCUUUCGGCAUGGUUGACAACAUGAUGGCCAACAUGAGGAACAGGAUGCAGGAGAUGCACAGAAACAUUGAUAACACAGCUUCAAACAGCCACUCAUUCAGCUCCUCAUCAGUCAUGACAUAUUCAAAGGUGGGAAACGAGCCUCCCAAGGUUUUCCAGGCAAGCUCAUCGACACGCCGUGCCCCAGGGGGGAUUAAGGAGACCCGGCGAGCAGUCAGAGACUCCGAGAGUGGUCUGGAGCAGAUGUCCAUUGGUCACCACAUCCAGGACAGGGGACACGUAGUUGAGAAGAAAUUAAACAAGAAAACAGGAGAGAAGGAGCUUAUGCAGGACUUCCAGAAUAUGGAUGAAUCUGAAGCACAGAAUUUUGACGAAGAGUGGCAGCAGGAGUUGUCCAAGUUUGAUCCAUCGGGUCCCAUGACUCGCCCGGGGGAGCCGCAGCUACGUGGUGCUCAGCGGGCAGCCCUCCCCGCUCCUAAGCAGCCCAACAGAGAACGAGCAAAGGCCAAGGCUGUGGAUAAAAGCAACAUGAAAAGCUCGACAAAGCAGUAAAAACAUUGGUCUGUCUGUAUGCUCAUUAAAGUCCUUCAAGCAUUAUACAGUACACUCCUGUGCUCAGUAACCAUACACACCGCCCCAGUCUCAUCAACAUAAAAGACACUGACCCAGAAUCUGAAAUAUUUAAGAGCUCAUAUUUGUGGUUUUAAAUAUUUUGGCCCGAUUGCAUCCAUUUUUUUAUUACUGCUGCCCAUUACUAGCUGGCAGAGAACCGAAACCUGCUGAAGAUGGCUUUUCCAUUACAGUGGACAUUUAAUCUGGUCCUCUGGGGGUCAACUUUCUCCUGCCAUCUCACUGUUGUUAUUUUGAAUCUCGACAUGGUUCACAGCUGAUUAGGAAAACACACAGAGGAAUGAAAAGACAUGUAGGGUUUGGGGAGGCACUAUUGCUAAGUCAGGAAUUGUAUAAUUCAUGAAAUUAAAAUCAUGGCAGUUCAAAGAGAAGAAGAAAAAAUGAAAAUCCUGUGGUAUGCUUUGGAGGAUAGUAACAGUAAUGUGAAAUAAAUGUGGAUGUGGGCUGUAGAACAUGUACAACCAGCAAUUCGAGAAUUACUACUUGUAGUUGCUGAUAAGAGAUUUCACAAUAAAGGUACAAAGGGUCCUUAUUCUUUCACACCAAACCAAGAAACCAAAGGGAUCAUUAGCAUUUCUAUGGAUGUAGUGGGGUUCAAACAAAUAGGCCAAUACAAUGUAAAAAAAGAAGGGUCAAAGACACUACUUGCACUACAAGCAAUACAUCUAUAAUAUUUUGCAUCUGAUGAAUUGAAUUUGCUCUCUGAUUUCAUCUGUUUGUCACAUUAUGUCAUUUUUAUAAUGCAACCAGGCACAAAGUGUAGUGACCCAUUUACUGACUUGUUUGAAAUCUACUAAUGCACUUCCAAUAUGUCUAAAUUGUCUGUUUGUAAUUAUAUUGUCUAGUAUCUGAUGUUCUAGAUAUAUGUAUUUUAUCUGCUGUAAUCUUUGUAAAAAGAAAAAAUAAUAAGCUUCCCUUUUUAUAUUGUUACUUUGGUUUCUCUUGUUUUUCAUCUGAUGAACUCGGUGCUGCGUUGCACAAACUCUUGACAACGUCUGGAUUAUUCUCAGUAAUUCUAGCUUUGUUCUUGUAUAUUUUUUUCAAGCUUUAAAAACAAAUUCUAUGUCAACACAGACUAUCAUCUAAAAAUAAAAAUGU